GGGCUUGUCGCUCUUGUUUACCUUUCCACGUCCCAUAUGGCUAGCAUGGGCGGCCGAGAAAGGUGACUUUGCGUGGCAAAGCCUCAUAGAUGCCCGCUGCGUCGCUCGGCAGAUAAUCCCCUUUGCGGUUCGUGUUUUUUUGUGCGGCUUCUGCGUCCGACCCGUGAGCAGCUGACGAUCCUGCAGUUGGAAAUUCGCCGACACCAUGGGGCUGCUGCCGCUCGAGUUCACCGACUGUCUCACGGACAGCCCGUACUUCCGGGAAAAUCUGCACGCCCACGAGAAGGAGCUGGAAAAGACGAGCCAGCAAAUCAAAGGCCUAAUCAAAGAGGUCAACAAUGUCAUCAGCGCCGCCAAGAGUUUGUCCCGGUGUCAGAAGUCCCUGGCAGGGUGUCUGAUCAACUUCAGUUUCGACUGUAUCGGCACUUCGCUCACGGACGACGAAGUGGUUAUCUCCAAUUCCCUGCGCAAAUUCGGCAACCUUAUCGAGAUGAUCGAGGAUGAGCGAAACAAGAUGUUGGAGACGAGUUACGCUCAAAUCAUCCAGCCGCUGGAGAAAUUUCGCAAGGAGCACAUAGGCGGCGUCAAAGAGGGCAGGAAAAAGUUUGAGAAGCACUCGUUGAAGUUCUGCCAGAGUCAGGAGCGGUACUUGAACUUGUCGACCAAGAAACAGGACACUGUGCUUCAAGAGGCUGAUGCGACUCUUGAAAUGGAACAGAGGCAUUUUUGCCAAGCCAGUUUGCAGUACGUUUGUCUCCUACAGCAAGUGCAGGAACGGAAGAAGUUCGAGUUUGUAGAGCCGCUGCUGAGUUUCAUGUAUGGAUGGCUGACAUUUUACCACCAAGGACAUGACACCCAUCACGACUUCAAGCCGUACAUGUUAGAUCUGCAAUUCAGAAUACAAAAGACGAGAACCAAUUUUGACGCGACGAGGGACCAAACCGACUCGCUGAUGAAGAAGAUGCUCGAGCUGAGGAACGCGAAUCCGGUUGAUUUAGGAAUUUCCAAUAAAAUGUAUACCCGACAAGGGUAUCUUUAUUUAAUGGAAAAGAAGGCCUUCGGAACAACAGCCUGGUCCAAACAGUACUGUAUGUACAAGAAGGACACUAAUGAGGUCACAUUAAUUCCGUACAAUCAAAUUACCGGAAAAUUUAAUCCAACAGAGACUUUCAAAUUAGCGUCUUGUGUAAGGCGCAUAUCUGACUCCAUAGAUAAACGCUUCUGCUUCGACAUAACCUCUGGGGACAAGCCAGGGGUCAUUUACACUUUGCAAGCCUUGUCUGAAGAAGAUAGAAAAAAGUGGAUGGAUGUUAUGGGAGGAAAAGAACCUUUCACAUUGCAGGAGUACACAACUCCAGGAAAAGUGACGAAGAGCGAAGACCGCGCCCUUGACGAGGUAGGCUUCGCGUUCGUCUCAAAGUGCAUAGAAGCCCUUGAGGCCAGAGGCCUCGAGGAGCAAGGCCUGUACCGCGUGGUAGGGGUCAACUCGAAGGUGACCAAACUGCUGCAGAUGGGGCUGGACCGGCGGAAAGUGGACAAGCUCAAUCUGGACGACAGCCUUGAGUGGGAGAGCAAGACCAUCACCAGCGCGCUCAAAAACUACCUGCGCAGCCUGCCGGAACCGCUCAUGACCUUUCGGCACCACUUUGCCUACAUAGCGGCAGCAAAGCAAGAGACAAGGACGCAACGAAUAAACGAUGUCCAUAAUUUAGUGCAUAGGUUACCGGAAGCCAAUUUCAACAUGCUGAAGCUUCUAAUUAGACAUUUAUUAAAUGUUACGUCACACUCUGACAAAAAUCUAAUGACUGUGAGCAACGUGAGCGUGUGCUUCGGCCCGACCCUUUUGCGUCCAGAGGAGGAAACCGUCGCCGCCAUCAUGGACAUCAAGUUCUGCAACGUGGUUGUUGAGAUCAUGAUAGAAAACUUCAACCAGCUCUUCGGCACGAAACCCGAAAACCCCACACCCGACCCGGAGGUGGCGCAGGCGCCUCUGCCCCAAGCAAAACCCCAGGGCAAUCUUAUGACAAACUCGUACCCUGGACCCAAACCGAGACAUUCCACGCAGUACCUGCAACGCACCUCCAACAAGUCUGCCCCUCCUCCAGUAACCCAUGCUGUGAUAAAAUCAUACUACGACGGUCCGUUGAGCGCGAGUCUGCACAACGUGCACCAGAGCGCCGGCUUCAUGGCCGGUCAGAACAUUCCGAUGCGGGUGGACUCUGGGGUGAGUCUGCGCAGCACGACGGCCAACACGGCGUCCGAGGGCAACCUGCUGGGCAUGUCGCAGAGCCCCCCAAGCGGCAGCCCGCCGCUGCACCACGCGCCGGCCAACACACUGCCCCUGAAGAAGCCCAACAGCAUCUACGCGCAGACUGGAGAGGACGCCAAAAUCGAGCAUGUGAAUAACACUAGCAGUUCCAGUGAGUCCAUGUCGUCUGUCUCGUCCAGGGAUCACUUUGAAACGGUCAUGCCAGCCAAAGGAAGAGCAGCGUCAGGAACAAGACUGAACACCCAUUAUGUGACCCAGUACAAGCCAUUAAACAAUAUGGAUGUCUUAAAUAAUUUUUGUAGGCACCCAAAGGUCUCUCCUGGUGGUACGCGGGCAGCUAGUCCAUCGAGUGUGAAUAAUGUGAGAAGAGUCCGAACGCUGUACGCCUGUGUAGGCGAAAACGACGGAGAACUCUCCUUCGAACCAAACCAAAUAAUUACAAAUGUCCGAGGGUCACUGGAGCCAGGCUGGUUGGAGGGAACUCUGAACGGAAAGACUGGGCUGGUUCCUGAGAACUACGUCGAGUUUUUGCCAUAAGUCGGCAGUUCGGUGCCGCUUUAUUUUGCCACGAGUGCAUUUGAAAGAGACGCAGACGCGCAUUCCAAACGAAAGUGUAGCCAAUAUAUCGCGACAUCAACUUAACUUGAAGAAAAGAAAUGGAAACUAGCUUUUAAUAAUUCAUCGUCGUGUAUAGUUUUAACCAAGUGAGCGCUCUAUAUAUUUUACUAUGAGAAGCAAGUCGAAUUUGCUUACCACAAACAUUGAAAAUUUGACGAGGCAAAGGAGGAGGAGGAGCUUAAAAGUUGUUGAUUCCGCUUCAGGCUUUGCUCGUGCACAAACAGAAUUAGCAACAAGUGUGUCCAAAAGUAACUAGUCACCGAAAAAACCACACUGGCGAGAAUUGCGAUAAUUUGUACUCCAGGCGUGCCUUCAGCGCUUUCGAAUCGAUUGUAACGCUAUGCAAAAAUAAAAUUAAACAAACACACAACCAAUCUGCAACACCAUAUCAUCAAAUCAUUUUACACAGAAAAAUAAUCAAAGAUCAAUAUUCUAAAGGGGUAAUAGAGCGUGGUGUGAUAUUUCAAUGUUGAUUUUACUGUUUAAAUUGCUAUUAAUUGAAUUACGUGCCAGAUUUUCGCGACACUCGUACUGUUACCAUUAUUUUUAAACUACUAUUGCAACACUCUCCUCACUAUUUAUUGUACUUCACAGACUGUAUGUUGUAAUUUAAACCCUGGAUGGCUUCAAAGUGCUUGUUUAUUAUUGAUAAUUACAAUUACACGUCGUGUCUGGAAGAGAAACUCUUUUCAGAGUCAGCAGUGUCUCCAAUGUAGCGUAAACCCUUGUGUCGGUCGGUAAAACUUUGUGAGAGAGAUUAGUUUCUUUCAAUUGAAUAAAUCAAGCAAUUGAGUAAAAUCACGAAUCAUCUAAAAAACAAAA